AUGGCGCAGCUUCCCGAGUCGGCCGCGGCGCUGGACAAAGAAGUCAUGGAGCUUUUGCAAUCGCACCGCUACGAUCCGACCAUCCUGCCGCGCCUUGAAGAGUUUGUCAACUGCCAAGUCACGCACAACUUCUGCGACCCGGAGACGAACCUAGCGGUGCUCAAGCUGUACCAAUUCCACCCGGAAACCUACAACGCCUCCACCGUGUCCAAGAUCCUCAUCAAGGCCCUGAUGAACCUGCCGACGUCCGACUUCCUCUGCUCGCUCUACCUAAUCCCGGAGCGCCGCCAGAUCGACGAGCCGAUCCCGGUCAUCUCGCACCUGGCCCAGCUGCUGGAGACGGGGCGCUUCACGGACUUCUGGGCCGCCUCCGGUUCGUGCGCCCAGCUGCUCGCCUCCGUCCCGGGCUCGCUCGACGCCGUCAGGGACUUCAUGAUGGACGUCGUGUCGAGGACGUACAAGAGUAUCGACGUCCCCAUCCUCGCCGAGAUCCUCAACCUCGACGAGCCGGGCGUCGUCGCCGCGGCAAACGCCCGCGGCUGGAAUCUCGCAAACGGUACCGUCACCUGCCCCAGCACAGAGGAGAACCAACCACGCCCGCCGACGCUUGAUGAGCAUCUCAGCUUCCGACAAGUCGCGUCGAAGAUGCUGUAGCUGUACCCCCCUGCAAUGUAUAUAUAUAGUAAACGCGAUUUGCGAGCAUGUCGUAUGGCAUCACUGCGAUGGAUUCAGUCAGCUUUCUACGUUUACAAUUGUUCUGCAUGUAGGCCUGAAACGUAAAGUCGCUCCUCCUUGCCAAU